GAGAAACGAACUCUUCUCUCUCUCUCUCUCUCUCUCCGUUUCGCCGUCUUUACUCCCUCGUCUCGAUCUCUGUCUCUCUUUCUCUCUCUCUCUCUACCUGUUUCGCCAGACGAUGAGGCGUGAGUAGAUCUAUGGGUUCUUUUGACCUCUGACGGAGGAGGGAGAGCAAAACCCUAGCCUAAGGAGUAGCGUUGGAGCGCUAGAUUCCGGUGGAAUCCCGUGGAAACCGCCGACGAUCGCGGCGGAGUGGCCGGAGGAGCUGCCAUUUUCCGUCGGCGUCGGUCGAUUCGGUGGAGCCGACGGAGACGGCUCGGGAGGGCCGGAUCUCGCCUCCUGACGGCCGUCGGAAGGCGAUCUGCUUGGCGGCUAGUGGGUGAGGAAGGGGGCGGGGCGAGGAUGUACAAGAACCAGCUGCAGGAGCUGGCGCAGCGGAGCUGCUUCAACUUGCCAUCGUACACGUGCAUACGGGAGGGGCCGGACCAUGCGCCGAGGUUCAAGGCGGCGGUGAACUUCAACGGCGAGUUGUACGAGAGCCCGAGCUUCUGCACGACGCUGCGGCAGGCGGAGCACUCGUCCGCGGAGGUGGCGCUCAACGCCCUCUCCCAGCGUGGCCCCUCCCACUCCCUCGCGGCACGGAUCCUGGAUGAGACAGGAGUCUACAAGAACCUCCUACAGGAAAUUGCCCAGAGAGCUGGGGAACCAUUGCCAUCAUAUACAACAGUUCGUUCUGGACUUGGACACCUACCUGUCUUUGCAUGCACGGUGGAACUAGCUGGGAUCACAUUUACUGGUGAACCAGCUAAGAACAAGAAGCAGGCAGAAAAAAAUGCUGCUUUAGCAGCAUGGUUAUCAUUGAAACAAUUGGCAAAGAAAGCAGCAAGCUCGUCAAUCGAACAUGAGAACAACGAUGAGCAGGAGCAGAUCACCAUAGCCCGAGUUCUCCUCCACUACCGCCUGAAAGAAAAGAUGGCCAUGGUAAACAACCCCCAUGGAACUCCUUUCCCAAAGAAGUUCCCAAUUCAACUAGAAAAAAGACCAGCUUCAUCGCAGCCUUCUCCAUCUGUAUCAAAGAUCCUUCCUUUCAUACGGCAAAAAUCUGCUCCAAGAGUCCGUCCUACCUCCUCUGGAAUAAAUGAUGCAACUCGUGCGCCAUCCUACCAGCAAGGAGAAAACCAGAGUGUCUGGCCCCAGAAGUUCCCCACUGCUGGAGCAGCACCAUACUUCCCAGUUAGGCACUUCAGCAGGCCUUGCCAAGGCAUUGCACCUCCUGUGACAAUAAGGACAGCGGUGCCAGUAUUUUCAGCCCCACCACUUCCGCCAGCAGCUGCACAGGUGAGCCAGCUUCCUCCUGUUACCGGUCAAACACCAAUCCGUGUGGCAUCGCCAGUCCGCAUUAGACAAUCUGUGCCAGUCUUUGCCGCUCCACGACCAGUCCCACCUGUGAAUUCGGUGAUUCCAGCUCAGGUAAAGGAACCAUUGUCGGUUGUGGCAUCCUCUCCAAUCCCCAAAAAACCUGCACCGGUUAGUGCAUCAGCCAUUCCUGUUCAGUUAAACCAAUCAGUGCCAGUUGCUGCAGCAUCACCGUUGAUGAAGGAACCAUUGCCGGUCGUUGCACCAGCUGUAUCAGUUCAGAUAAAGGAACAACCAUUACCCUCAGUUAAGACACUGGAACCUUCAAUCAAGCUCAUGGCCUGCCCUCCAAUGUUGCCUUUGAUUGGGUUGAUGGACACUGUAGAUGGUGAUGAUGCAAAGGAUCUGGAGGAGUCUGAAUGUACAGCAAUGGAGAGCUUGAAACGACUAGAGAUCUGAUGAUGCCUGAGGUUGAAAGAUCUUUCGGGAUGUUCACAUCCUUUUUUGUCACGUCUUGCUUCUGGGAUUGUGAAUUUUUGCUUUGCCUUUCUUUUAACUCUUUCUAGUGUCUUGUAAAGGAUACACUGUGCUAGGAUUUCGGCCAAAAUCUCCAACUUUAAGCCAUUUCACUUGAAGGUGCGCAAUGCAUAGAUCUUUCGUUGGUAGGCAGCGAAGCUAGGAGAGAUGCUUAUAGUUUGUCUAAAAGUUCAUAAUCGUCCUUUAGCAGCUGGAA